UUUCCGGGUUUAUGGAAGUAAAAACAACACAGCCAUCUUAGUCUGCUGUUUGUUAUUUACAAUACAUUUAUCCUCUGAUUACUCUGCCAUCCUGUAUUUCUAUCUAUCCAUUUAUGUUGUAGGAUAAUACAACAAUUCACAUUACCCAAUAAUCCUGUUAUUUCUUAGUAAACCGGGAUACAUCAUCUAAGAUGAGCUUUCUUUUUGGAAGUCGAAAUAACAAGACAUUCAAGCCAAAGAAGAACAUUCCUGAGGGUACUCACCAGUAUGACUUGAUGAAGCAUGCCGCUGCCACUUUAGGCAGUGGCAAUUUGCGGCUGGCAGUCCUGUUGCCAGAAGGGGAAGAUCUAAAUGAAUGGGUUGCAGUCAACACUGUCGACUUCUUCAAUCAAAUCAACAUGCUUUAUGGGACAAUUACCGAAUUUUGUACAUCAGAAAAAUGUCAAGUCAUGUCAGCUGGACCAAAAUACGAAUACCAUUGGGCAGAUGGUACAACAAUCAAGAAACCGAUUAAAUGUUCAGCGCCAAUUUAUAUUGAUUAUUUGAUGACCUGGGUGCAGGAUCAGUUGGAUGAUGAAACAUUAUUCCCAUCGAAAAUAGGUGUACCAUUUCCAAGAAAUUUCCUAACACAAGCCAAGCAGAUUCUGAAGCGAUUGUUCCGAGUCUAUGCACACAUCUAUCAUUCACACUUCCCCGAAGUCGUUCAACUUGGAGAGGAGGCCCAUCUGAAUACAUCAUUCAAGCAUUUUAUAUUCUUUGUCCAAGAGUUUAAUCUAAUAGAAAAAAGGGAACUUGCACCCCUUCAGGAACUGAUCGAAAAGUUGACAUCGAAGGAGAGGUGAGCAGUUUGCCAUGGAGAUUUGAGGACAGAAUAUUAUAAAAGUUUCUAGUUGUUCUCUGACUGUUGGAUUAUUCUCAAUGACUGCAUUUCUUCUUGACAGUUUGUUCUUGCAAAAGGACAUCUGUUUUUUUCAUUUGAGUUUAAGAACUCUGGCUUGUGCUGUCCUGAUCAAAAGUAACAGUGGAUUCUUACUUUAGUCAUACUCUUGUUGGUGGCUGAUCUUGCAGGAUAAUCAUAUUGGUUUAUCAAAUUAAACAUGCCAGUUGUGGUUGCACACAUGAAGGAUGAAUGGAGAGGAAGGAAGGGCUUUGUGCCGGAGACCAGGCUUUGGCACCAGACAAUAAACCUCAACUGGGUUUUUUUCACAUUGAUUGUAAUUUGUGUUUGGUCUGAGUUACUCUUGAACAGGGCUGUGAACCUACUGUGUAGCCAAGAAUCUAGAGCGUUGUCAUUUACUGCCUCAAUUUAUUUGCAGAACUGUAUUCAAGUACAAUGCAUAUCGCUUCAUUGAUAGAUUGUCUGUACAUAUAGCCAGGCUUAUUUUAGGUCUUUAUCUUUGUUCACUCAUGUUGCGAUUGAUCCUGUUCAAAGAGUGAGGUCAAUUAUUCUGACCUAGCAAAUAUUCUAGGCAUCAUGAGUUAAGCCAGAAAGACUUCCUCAGAUAUGCUGAAAAUGUAAUGAGCUGGGGUUCAGGUUUUGGCGACGCAGCAAAUCACCAUCUAUCGCUUUCCAUAGAGUAUCCUGUUUGCGACUUAAAACCAUAAUCAAAUCAGAGUGAGUGAUAUGUGGAUGUUUUAACAUGUACCUUAGUGUAGUUGAAUGCCUAGUGGAAGAAUGACAGAAAGUCCAUUAGUCAUUGUUUCACUGGGACAUUCUACCCUUGACUAUCUUCAGUCCAUACUGCUUCCUUUAGAGUGGAGCAGUGAUCUCAUUCAUCAUUCAUGUCUGUGGUGGGGGGGGGGUUACGAAAUGGUAUAUAUGGGUCUUUGCUGCCCAAGGCGGAUGUAUGAAAGUGCUUGUACCUUGUAAUGCAUGUAUUGUGGCCCAUUCGAGCACAUUUGAAUUGUGAAUUGUGAAAUUUAUUUAUUUAAAAUGUAACUUCUCAUUUGUUUAUUUUUUGUUUCAUGUGCUUUCUUUUGAAGAAAUACGUUCUGUAUACCAAUCCUAAGAUUAUAAUCCCAAAAAACUGUUGAAAUGCGGCAAGGCUUUUCUGGAUAAAUAGGUGAAGUUCAAAUGACAUGAACAAGACUUCUGUGGAAACUAGAGUUCAUUUCCGCUGUGUAUUACAUAACAAUUGACAGUGAAGGUGCUUAUGUGUGUCCUGCCACAUGUCACUUGAUUCAUUCUGCCAUGCCUCAGUCACUGAUUUUGGAAAAUAAAGAAGUCAGCUUCAGAGUUUUUUUAUCCUUUUAAUGAAAGUGGAAUUUGUCCAUCAAGUCCAAAAAUACUUGUAUUAGCAUGUAAGUGAGGAGCUGAAGAAUUGCUGGGGAAAGUGGAAAUCAUUGAAAUUUAUUUUCUUGCCAGUUUGGUUGAACAUAUUCCAAACUCCAAAUUGCAAUCAUAUGCUUGGGUCAUCUUAGGCAAUUAGUUUGUAUUGGACUUAUUUGGCCUCUUGUGUAUACUGUACAUGCAUCCUGACAAUAUCACUAAUUAUCAGGCCUUUUCAAUUUCACUUGAAACGUACUUACAUACUUACAUGUGUAUAAAGGAGAAGUUGUGUUGCAGGCCCUGUUUGCAACAGGAUGCUGUACGUGUUCAUUCAGUGUGAGAGUCCUACAUGUACCUGUCAAUAUUUGCUUCUCUUCAAAGUGUAAUUCCAGAAAAAGUGUGAUUUGAAAAGAAAUUGUAUUGUCAGGAAAGGCGUGUCUAUCAUGUAUAUAUUCUUUUAGUAUUAUAGUUGUAUAUAUGUAGGUCUUAUAGUCAUAAGUAUAUGUGUCAUAAUACUGCUAAUAGGACCAACUUAGCAUGUGUUUCUGGAGUAAAGAUGUCGUGUUAAAAAGGACAGCGUAUUCUUUUGCACUAGUUUUCAUUGGUCAUAGAAAAGAACAAGGAACAUUUGCUUAGCAUGUAGUAAAGAACUAGAAACUUUCCCUUGUAGUAGUACCCAGAAAUCCAGACUACUUGGUGAUGUACUGUGCAGUAGAUCACCCUUUCUUUCUAAGCAAUGUUUCCACCAAAGGCCAUUUUGGAUUAACUGUUGUACAUUUCCCCACCCCAAUUGUUCUUGUCUCAUGGUGUUUUCUCUCACCAGUUGCAAGCUUUAAAAAAAUAAGAAUAAUAUCUGGUGUGCCAUUCAUUGUCGAGAACUGUAUAUUUGAGAGUUCAUGAUAGUACUUCGUUGUGCACCUCAAGUUCAUUCCAGCUGGCCAUUAGAAGAAAAAUUAGAUACGCUAGGCUUUUGAUGGCCCUCACAUUAUUGUUACAUUCAUUAAUCCAUUUAUUAUCAUAGUCAACUAAUUAAAAGUGCUUUAUCACAGUAUUUAGUUGGUAAGCAGUUCAUUAUAUACAAUAUAAUGGUAGUAAAAUUCUUCAUUUAACCAUGUCUUUGAGUUUAUUGCUUUGAAAUGGAUCAUAACGUCCCCACUGCUGUGUUAUUUUCUAUCUUCCUGCAUUAUAUGCUGAUCAUUUUAAUGUUGACUGUGUCAAAUCUGUCAAUCAAGUGUCACCUGUGGUAAUUUGUGUGUUAAACCUGAAAGUUGCCGCUGAACCAUGUUCCGUCAGUUAUCGUGGAAAAAAGAUGUGUACAGUAGUUCAUUGAAUUGAACCUCCUUUGUAUCAGUAGUGGGCACCACCUUCCGAUCCUUGCACAAAAUCUAGGGGAAUUUGUUCAUGGCGAAAGUGGUGAUAGAACAAGCUUGCACUGCCUAGCAUUAGUUUCAGUUAGAUUUUGGGGAAGAUGAAGAACUGAGUAUGAUGAAUUCUUGCUUUCUGUUUGUACGUGCGUCAUAAACCAGCUUGUGAUUGUGUGUAUGUUAUUCAUAAUCCCUCUCUUAUAAUAGUAGAUGUCAUAUGGAAGUGCAUGUACCCUCCGUUUAUUUGUGUAAUGUAGCUCUCACAAUGAAUUUAUUGAUGUAUAUAAAAUGUACAUUGUAAAUAGGCUAUAUGGUUGUACAGCUUGAAUUUUAAUAUUGCUGGUCAAUUUUCUGCUGAUUAGUUCAUACUUUGAAUGCAGCAUGGAAAACUACCUUUAAGGUUAGCUUUAAGAACAUGCCGAGGGAGUGGGAAAUAGGGUAAGAGUUGUGGGGACUUCGAAGACCUUGCUCCACAUACACGAUUUCCUGCUCUAGCCUCUGCUCACUUGCAUUUUACGCUUUCAUACCAACUACUGGUAUGAUGACACAGCUGAAAUAUUGGCUGAAGUCCUAUACAUGUGGAAUACUUUUUUUUAAACAGGGCAUAAAUUGCAGUUGUGGAGCAAAGGCCUUUAUGAUGUCCCUAGUUGAGCAUUGGGAUGAACUUUUCUUCAUUUCAUGACAAUCUUCUGUACUAACAGUUAUUAACAGAAGUAAACUUAUUUUGUCAUCCGUUUAUUGAUAAUAAUGCAAAUAAAUUGCUAUUGUCAAA